AAGCUGCCCUCCACGGAGCCGCGAAGCGACUCCCCCUCGGGCUAGGGCAAAUGGUGCGCUAAUUCUAGGCGCUCCUCAGUGUUCCUUCCCUCUCCUUGCGCCUCCUGGAGCCGCUGCGGUGCGCCGCAGCUCCCUGACGCCCUCGGCUGGGCCGGCACGGCGCCGGGGUGUUCACAGCCUGGCACCGGCGUUCCCGACCCCCGGGCAUUGCCAAGCCGGGUUUCCCCGCUCUCUGAGUGUCGGAAGCCCCGAGCGUGUCCCGGGAGUUUGCCUCUGGCUUGGCCUCUUUCUUCCUGCCACCACUCGCCUCGGGCGCUGGAAUAGGAGGCUCUGGGCUCCUUCAGGAGUCACCUUUUGGGUCUGGCGGGCGCCCUCCCCCUGGGCGGCUCGCCCACCCCGGGCUCGCUGCCCACGGUGCCAGCUCUGCCGUAGAUCUCCCCAGCCCGCAGCAGCGGCCUAUGCUCGACGUAGGUUUUGCGUUCCCACCUGGAGCCGUGACGGACUGGGUUUUCUUCCCUUUUGCCUCCCCCUCGAUGGUCAGCGCGGGGCUGGCCUGGGACUGGGCAUUUUUACUCUCUCUUUCUUUGGCGAGGCGGUUCCUCGCCGUCUGACCUUUGCUCUGCUGCCGCAUUUUAUGCUGUGCAACUGCCUUGCAGUUGCCUUUCCCUUCCCCGGCCUCUGCAGGGCCCGAGGCUCCGUGGCCUCCUCGUAUCUCCCUAUCCCUGGGCACCGAGCUGUGCCAGGCCCCGGGGGCCCCGGGCCGCUCUGGGGCUGUGGUGGGGGCUGAAGGUGCGUUUACAUAACGCCGGGCGUGUGGGAGCUGGAGGAAGAGGUUGCGUGCGUAGGAGAGAUAAGGCUCCCGCUUUCCCUCCUUCCUUCUUGGUGGUACCAGGGUUGACAUCACUGAGAAGAGAAAAGGAUAGAGACGAAUAGGUGGAGAGAUGAGGCUCUUUGGAAUUCCAUCCCCCACUCUGGUAAACCUGACGUUGCCUCUGCCCAGAGGUUUGGCUGACUUGAAUAACAAAUGAAGGCCGCCUUUCAGUGCAAAAUUUGAAAGUCAGUGAUUUUUAAAAUUAAGGGAGGAAAAAACACCCAUUAACACCUUCAGAAGUGGCCCUUGAGCCAGCCUGGAUUGAGCUGUGUGCCGCCUUGAUGCUCAGCCCCUCCCUGCAGGGCCCCUAGAAGCCUAUUCUCGGCGCAGCCCAGGACCUCGGCCCCAUGGAGCCCCCGAUCCCACAAACCGUCCCCUUGACUCCCAGCUCAGUCAUGGUCCAGCCCCUUCUGGACAGCCGUAUGGCCCACAGCAGGCUGCAGCACCCACUCACCAUCCUCCCCAUCGACCAGAUGAAGACCAGCCAUGUGGAGAACGACUAUAUAGACAACCCUGGCCUGGCGCCCCCCACCGGCCCCAAGCGGGCCCGGGGUGGAGCCCCAGAGCUGGCCCCAACGCCUGCCCGCUGUGACCAGGAUGUCACCCACCACUGGAUCUCCUUCAGCGGGCGCCCCAGCUCUGUGAGCAGCAGCAGCAGCACAUCCUCCGACCAGCGGCUCUUAGACCACAUGGCCCCACCACCCGUGGCCGACCAGGCCUCCCCGAGGGCCGUGCGCAUCCAGCCCAAGGCAGUCCACUGCAAGCCGCUGGACCUCAAGGGCCCGGCCAUCCCCCUGGAGCUGGACAAGCACUUCUUGCUGUGCGAGGCCUGCGGGAAGUGCAAGUGCAAGGAGUGCGCGUCCCCCCGGACGUUGCCCUCCUGCUGGGUCUGCAACCAGGAGUGCCUGUGCUCAGCCCAGACCCUCGUCAACUACGGCACCUGCAUGUGCCUGGUGCAGGGCGUCUUCUACCACUGCACCAACGAGGACGAUGAGGGCUCCUGCGCCGACCACCCCUGCUCCUGCUCCCAUUCAAACUGCUGCGCCCGCUGGUCCUUCAUGGGUGCCCUCUCCCUGGUGCUGCCCUGCCUGCUCUGCUACCUGCCGGCCACCGGCUGCGUGAAGCUGGCCCAACGCGGCUACGACCGCCUGCGCCGCCCUGGGUGCCGCUGCAAGCACACGAACAGCGUCAUCUGCAAGGCGGCCGCCGGGGAUGCCAAGGCCAGCAGACCUGACAAGCCUUUCUGACACUCGGGGUCGAAGCCCCGGCAUUCCCCCUGGAAACUUGGUUCCCUUCUGACACCUGAGAUAACCACCGCAGCGAGACCGGAGGUUUUAGCAUCCUGAGGCUGACCUUGCUAGUCUGCACACUCCCCACCCCCAGCUUCCGAAGAAACAGAGACCACCAUCACCCACCCUUCUCUUUCCCCAAAAGGAUGAAGCAGCACUUUGGGGGGUUUUUCAGGGUCCUGGAACUUUGUGUGAAACAGACAGUGGCAGGGGUGUGGUGUGGUUUGGGGGCGAUUUUUCUUUUGCAGAAGAUGGAACACAGAUGUGGACACAUAUCCGGAAGUUGCAGCUGCUUUGAAUGCCUCCCAGCCCUCCUCCUCCUCCCUCCCUCCCUCCCUCCCCGCUCUUUUUCAUUCUCUUUGGCUGCCUGGGAGGAAUCAGUAACUGAGUGGCCAGGGAACCUUUGAAGAAGACCCUUGGAGUCUUGACGUCUAUACCUUCUUCUCCUCCCAGCCUCCACCCCGGUUUGCUCAGACAUCGUGGGGAAGGUGUAGACCCUGGCGGUCCCCGUUGUAUAUAUGUGGGAGCCCCCCGAGAACAGAGGCCGGCCAGUGAGUCCCGGCCUCGUUCCUCACUCUGCCUCCCCGGAGCCACGGAUGGAUUUAGGAACCACUGUACAAUACAUUUCCUCCCUUCCAGCUUCCUCGCUAACUCUCGGGGGUGUUCCACUCAUAACACCGUCCUUCGGUUCAUACCAAGGCACAGACUCACCUGCCCGCUACAUGUCCCAAGUCCUCUCUACCCAGAUCCUUGCCAGAAACUUUACGGGUAGAGAAGGCUGGGGGCGGCAAACGCGAGACCAAAUAGCAUUUUGCCAAUGAGUCUGAGGCUGUGGUCUCUGGAUCCAGUCAUUUAAGUUUUUAUAGAAUCAUUAAACCAGAUGCUAACGGUGUUAAAAAAUAAUAAUAAAACACUUGCUUCUUUUUGGGCCACCCCCAGGAAGGGCUGAUUUCAAAAUCUGGGGGGCGAGCAACCUCAAGGAGCACCAUCCCCCUCCCCACCAAGAAGAGGAUUUUAACAGCAGUGAAGAGAGGCAGCACCUCUCCUUGGCAGAGUGACAGUGAGGCGAGCUGGGUGGGGGUUUCCUCUCUCCUGAUUCUGCUGCUUGCUGUCGUAGCCUUCUGUGUACCGUGUCUGUAUCUUUCAUGUAAAUAGACAGAUGAUGGAAAAAAGUCUAUUUUAGUGUCAGGAAGCCCUGGAGGGGGAGUCAGAAUGAGUGCGGGCGGGGGAAAGAAUCUCCAGGGGCUUCUUGGGAUUGAGCCCUGCUUCUGUGUGUGGCCACACGAGCCCCUCCCAACAGCCCCCAAAGACGUAGCAACUCUUUCUCUCAAGGUGCUAAAGGACUCAGAAAGUGCAGCUCGUCCAGUGGGUAGGUACUUGUUGCAUGCAGAAGCUGUAAUGUGUCUGGUCCUUCCUCCCCAGCUAUUGUGGGGGGCAGUUUGCUUCAUGUGGUAUUUUGUGCCUGCCUCCCCUGCCCUGACCUCCCAUGAGAGACAGUGGCCUGGGUCAGAAGAGCUACCCCGGGUGAUACUGGGAAGGCACUAGGCACAGAGUUCAUAGCAUUUGCAGUUUGUUCUGUAGGAACAGAAGUGCCUCCGGGAAGAAGGCAAAGAGGAGGCAGGUAGCUGUGAUGGUCAGGCACCCAGUGCUUCUCAAGGACUUUUUUUUUUCCUUCUUGAAGACUAGUAGUAACAUCUUAUGAUUUAGACUAAGUUAAUUGUAACCACAGGUAUUUAUUGACUGGAGGAAAGGAGGGGAGGGUCUUUUUAUUUCAGGCGUUAUUUAUGUAACAUUUGCUAGCUUGUAAAAGGCAAAUACGAAACAGUGCAUCUGCGUUUUCUAAGGCUGAUUCACGCAGCUACCCUUGCCACGGUCGCCAUGGAUGUACGGACACUCUUGCACAAAUCAGAGGGGAUGGUAGAAACACACGUUCAGCCAACCACUUACCCUAACUGAAUGUAUCAGAUGUGUGCUGAAGGGACUGGAGAUAUUUUCUUCAGAACAGAUGUGCGGAGGUUACGCCCCAAAAGAGAGGGCACACGUCCACUCUGGGUGAAGCCUCAGAACUUUUCCCAAAGCCCCUCCCUCAAAAGUCUCCAUGGGAAACUUGACCCAGUGGCAAGUUGCACUUUGGUGAGCUUGGUGUUCUACCUGCCCAUUCUGUGGAGAGUUGAUUUACAUAAGCUGUGUACACAAACACACACACACACACACACACACACACACACACCCCACCGUCUCUGUCUACAUAGACCCUGUUUCCUGGCGAAUAGCCGCCUGAACCCUGACUUUUUGUGUAUAUAGUUGUAAACACGGAUUUUUCUGGGUUUUGGGUUUCUUAUUUUCUUCCCUUCCCCCGUUUUGGCUUUCUCUCUUUGGUUCGCAUUUAGCCUGCUAGAUGGAUGUCUGCAUUACUCCCCGUCGUGUCCCGUGCACUCAGCUUCAGUUCUCCCAGCUCUGUUGCACGGUAGUCCCUCAGCAUGUUUUUCUCGGCUUCUUGGCAGAAAAAAGCAAAAGAAAACUGGCUUGCCUGUGGCCCCCGGGGACCAGCCGAGGGCCAAUGAAGGGACCAAGCUCUCAGAAACAACAACACGUUUCUGGGCGGCUUCCGGCUGAUGGUGUUUGCUGUCACCAGUGGCUUGCUUGGCUGCAUGAGGCCUCGUCUUGACCUUUUUAGAAAAGUGCCAGCUGCUUCCCACUUCUGUUCAACCUGGGGUGGCUGGUGGUUCUGCCUGGCCUGGAACUGAGAUGGGGUCCACAAGGCUGGGUCCAGGACCCCUGUCCUAAGGGGCCACAGACACUUUCCCUCGAGGGUGGGUCUGAAGGCCCAAGCACCCUGGGAACUGAGUCUGGGAGAGCCACGCCCUCGCAGAUAGAUGGCGAGGUGCAACAGAGGCUUCUCACAGUCCCUGCUGUUGAUACGGGCCCUUCACAGCUGACAGGUGGGAGAAUUUACGCGACACGCCUGGUCCUUCCAGCCUUCUGGGGUCUGUGCAUGUCCCCGUUGCACGCGGAGCGAGGCCCAGUUGGCUCAGGAUGAGUCCCACUGGAAAGUGUGGGUUGGGACCAGCACCCAGAUUACAUCACCGCGAAGCUUCCCGAUCUCCCGUGCUGCCCCAGCCGAUGUCCAUUGGGGUGUGGGCCACGCGACUCUGCACUGUACAAGUCACUAGGGCAUCCCAUCCCGCAGUCUGCACCCGUCUUCUGGUUCAUGCCUUCGGUGAGCAUUUUCUUGCCCUCUGCUGACUGUGACAGUUGAAGACACAUCUUACGCUGCCAUUUUUUGCUGUGGGUAACUCCGUGUGGUGUCUUAUCUUGCUUUCUCUUCUUGCUGCCCCGCCGUUUGGUUUCGUGUUACAAACAGAAAAGCUGUCCAAGGGUCCCACCCUGGCACAUUUUUUCCCUCUUCACUGUAACCCCUUCUCACCCCACAACAAAAGUUACCACAGAAGGUUUUCUUUGUAUAGAAUAUUUAUUUUGAAGCUCUAUUUUAAUAGUAUUUAUUUUAGAAAGUCUACUAUUGUAAGAGUUCUUCUGUUUGUGAAGAAAAAGCAAGUUAAAAACUGAAUGUACUGAUCUAGAAAAUAUAUAUAAAUAUAUAUUGUUAAAUAUACACAGGACUGC